AUGCGCCAUUUGAGGAGCACUCAUCCUGCCAUUUUGCAGUGUGCAGAGGAUGGUAACAUUCCCCCUGUGCCUAGGCCUGCUACUGACACUGCUGGGCCAUCUAAACAAGGCAGACAGAGGGAAUUGGAUGAGGCUCUUGUAGACAUGGUGGUAAAGGAUUUGCAGCCCUUCACUAUCGUGGAGGAUGAGGGUUUCAUGGCUUUUGUGAACAAACUUGAUCCAAGCUAUGUCCUCCCAUCCCGGAAGGCACUUAAAACGAUGGUAACCGAAAGGUACAACAUUUCUAAGGAGAAGACAAUGGAGGACCUAAAAAAGGCAGAUUUUGUUAGCCUUACAGCUGACAUGUGGUCCUCCAUUAAUAUGGACGGAUACCUUGGUGUUACUUGCCACUACAUAACACCAGAGGCAAAGCUGGCAACUGUUGUACUGGGUGUAAGGAGGUUUUACCAAACACACACAGCCCAGCAUCUCAUGGAGGCUAAAGCUUUGCUAAUGGCUGAGUGGGGAAUAACCACCAAAGUUCAGUGUAUGGUGACUGAUAAUGCAUCCAACAUGAUCUUAAGUGCCCAGCUACUGAACCUUCGGCAUGUCCAUGUUUUGCCCACAAUUUAA